ACUAGUGUAGAUGUCAGCACCUUCAAGCACCGUUUAUCGUUUUUAUUCGCGUAAAUACUUAACCUUUUUUCUGUAUUUUAAAAACGAAAUUCGUUAUUCGCGUCGCGUUAUUACUUUGUUUACCGUAGAUUAGAAAACCAGAGAAAUGUCUAUCGCGUCCGCUUCCACCAGCGUAAAAUUUCACGAAUUUCCUUCCGGAAACGUGCUUCAUAACUACCAACCGGGCCCCCAAAUCGACGGUCCCAUCCGCAGCAUCUCCUGGAGCAAAGACGGCAACUGGCUAGCUCUUGUUCCCUAUUCUGGCCUCGCUGAAAUCAUCAGCAUCAAAGAACAGCUCAAACUCAUCCACACCAUCCAGAACAUUGAAGACCCUUCGUGCGCCUCCUUCCAAAACACCACCAAGAAAAACAUCGCCAUUGGAACGAAAAGUGGCCAAGUAUUUGUCUACGACAUCAAAGCUCGCAACAUAAAGAAGCGAUUCCCGAGGACCACUUCAGGGGUAACACAUGUUGAAUUCACCUCCAAAGACAAUCAUGUGGUAGCGGCAUGCGAAAAUGGAGAGGCCUAUCUCUACAGUCACGUUCAGAAUACUCUUUCAGGGAGUUUCAAAAUUCCUAGGUCUCAAUCGAUAAGUGCUCUCAGGACGAAUCCGAUUAAGAGAAAUUACGUCGUCGCGGGAAGCAAUGAAGGAGUCGUGGCUGUGUGGGACAUCCAUGGGAAUAAGAAUAAAUUUUUUAUUGGGUCACACAAAGCCCCAGUCACUGCAGUUGCCUUCUCACCGGUGAAUUCGGAUUUGGUCGUUUCGACCGGUUUUGAUAGACAGUUUUGCUUCUACGACAUUGGAGCCAAUAAAUGCAUUGGGAAUAUUUUUGUCGAGAAUAGUAUGACAGCGGUUGAUUUUUCACCAGAUGGAAAAUUUGUAGUCAUGGGAUCUCAAAAAGGAAAAAUAUACGUUUACGACAUGAAGAAUCUGCAACAACCUGUCUACUCGUUUUUUGGACACAACAACGCUGUCGAGCACUUGUCAUUUAGGAAAAAUGAAGAUUAUGAAACUAGUUUUAUGUCUUUGGAGGAGGUCAAAGAAUCUAACUUAGUUGAAACUCAUCGAAGCACUGAAUCGUUUAAUAUUGAACUGGUUUGUAGUGAAGUAACCUCAGAAAAGACUCAAAGUCUAACAAAACCCGAAGAUUCUUUCCUAGCAGAAUUGGGCUUGGAUAAAAAUAAUACUGUUGGAUCUAAUAUUCAAGACAGUUAUCAAAGUAACAAAUAUCUCAUGCCGAAAUAUACUCCAACACAACCGUCAAAAAUUCUACAAGACAAACUUUUUUCUAAUUUUCAAACUUCGACACCCGAAACAUACGAUUUCGAAUUAAAUGCUCCCCUGUCACCAAUCGUUAAUUUAGAACCAAAAAAGGAUUGUGGUGACAAUGAGAAAGUAAACACAGACAAUUUGGCCAAAUUUAUAAAAACUACCGUUAGCGAUGAGUUAAAAGCUGUAACAGAGGAACUAAAGAAUGAAAUGAAGUAUCAAACUACAAAUACUUUAUACCAAACAAGACAACUAUUUUUAAAUUUGAUGAUGGCUACAGUUAAGGAAUCAAUCAAAGUUGAAAAUCAGUUUAAUAGUUUACGUGAAGAGUUACUUUCAGAUGUUCCUCAAAGUCAGUAUCUCCUUGAAGAAAAUUCAAUGUUGAAGCAAAAAAUCGCACUUCUGGAAGAAGAAAUUUCUCUUUUGAAACAUAAUUAAUUUAAUUUUGUACCUUUCCAAUAUUUUUGUACCUUUUUUUCUUAAAUAAAAUAUUUUUCUAGUUUAAAA